CAUUUGGUCCUAAUGACUUAUUAAAUAAUGAUAGUGGUCCAAACCAAACUUUUUCAAGACAAAUCGAAAAAUUUAAUGAAUUGAAAACUUAUACUAAAAGUAGAAAUCUGAAAUAUCAAUUAAUUCUUUCAGUCUUGUUACCUGUUAAUGAGCCUGAUUUAAUCAGAUUUCCUCCUUUUAGCCAGGCCCGAAAUGGUCGGGGUGGGGAUGGUCAGGCCUAUGAUCAAAAUGAUCAAACUACUCGGCAAUUUGUUAAUGAAUUAGUAGGCGUAGUUAAUAAUUAUUCGUUCGAUGGAAUUGACAUUGAUUACCCUAGGAAGUUUCCGUGCUUUCCAACAACGAUAAAUGGGAACAUUAAUCUUGAUGAUUUUUUCACGCAGUUCUUAAAUGAUACAUUAAUUAAAUUAAAACGGUCUAAUAAAAAUAAGAUUUUAACCAUUACGGCAGGCCAGUAUCCUUUAAAUAACAUCGGAGAUAUAGUUAGUUUUGUGAAUAUUCAGAUGAAACUUGCUGGAAUUGUCGAUAUUAAUAGCAUAAUCAUGAAUUGGAUUAAUGUUCUUAAUAAAUCUAAAUUAGUUUUAGGCGUUGAUUUUGGAGGAAUUGUCGAAGGUUUUUCUUCCAAUAAUAUUGGAGAUAUUGAUAAUCGAGUUUUUACAAUUCUAAACAUUCAAAGUUCAGACUUUGCUGAUGAGAUUAUUUCAGAUUCAUGUGGAACUUUUGCAUCUUGGUCAUGGAAAAAUUUAAGUUCUCAAUUAUUAUCACCUUGUUAUACAAAUACAACUACAUCAUCAGAAUGGGUCCGUGUCUUUGAUAAUAAAACCAAACAGCCAUAUAUCUACAAACAAAUAACUUCCCAACCUAAUCAAUACUAUUAUGUCUCUUAUGAAGAUUUUCAAUCAUUAUCUGCCAAACUCGUUUUUAUACAUAAUAACAAUUUGUCAGGAAUUGCAAUCUCUGAUGUCACUAAAGACAGCAGCAACAUGACAUUAACGAACUUCAUAGCAAGUGGAAAUCCGAAUAGUCCGAAUAAUUUGCCUGGAAAUUCAUCCCAGACUCCAAAAGCAGAAAAUGUUAAAACAACUGUUGUGGCAAUGUUUGAUUAUAUGGGAAAAGAAGAAAAUGAUUUAAGUUUCAAGGCAGGCGACGUAAUUGAAGUACUUGAGAGAGGAGAGGGGCCUAAUGAUUGGUGGGUGGGUAGAUUACGUGGCGUUAUAGGUGAAUUUCCUG